CGGACUCUUCAAAACUUAAAAAAAAAACUUCUCUCAACCACUCUUCCUCUCUCUCUCUGUCUCGCUGACUGACCUCUUCUCUGCUAUUUCCCUCACUCUCUCGCUAGCAUCGAAGUAAUGGCGGAUUGGGGACCUGUGGUGAUCGCAGUGAUACUGUUCGUGCUUUUGACACCGGGACUGCUCUUUCAGAUUCCGGCGAGAGGUCGUAUCGUCGAAUUCGGGAAUAUGCAAACUAGCGGCGCCUCGAUUCUCGUCCACUCCAUCAUUUUCUUCGGUCUCAUCACCAUCUUCACCAUCGCCAUUCGUCUCCACAUCUAUACCGGUUAAUUUUACCGUACCGGAUUUAUAGUUUAUUUCGGUUAUCUGGUUUGUCGCUGUCUUCUUCUUACCGGUUUGUUUUAAAAUUACAAUUGGUCUUUGGCUUUGUAUUUAACUCGCUCUCUGUCUGUGGUGUAAACAUAUCCGGAUAUGUGAUUCUUAAUCUGAAUAUGCGUUUAACCUAAA